UCAGUAAAGGUUAUUAAACCUGCUUAGAAAAUGCAUUUUAGACAGGCUUAUUACUCUUAAUAUUAGAAGAUCAAUUCAAUUCAAACCUCGUAGGAACAUCAGUUGACAGUUCAUGUCAAUAAAAUAAUGCACGAAUAUAAUUUAUUUAUUGAAAUAUAUUGAUGAGAACAGGCAUGUUUAAGUGAAAACUAUAAAAUGUCCGACGAACAAUUACUAUUCAUUAGGCGCAAAGGCGGUUUAGUAUUACUAUACGGUGGAAGACAAUUCUACCGCAAUAAAACCUAUAAAAAUGGUUCUGCAGUUUGGGUCUGUAGAAAUAAGAAGACUGAAGGAUGUCAUGGAUCCGUAACUUUAGAGGGUGACAAAAUUCUGAAACAAAAGGAACACAAAUGUGACACUAACAUAUUUAAAAAUGAUAUCGACAAGCAAAUAUCAUUAAUGAAACAAGCAGCAACUGAUACAUUAGAACCGAUCAAAACUAUCUACGAUGAUUACGUGAUUCCUUUAAAAGACGCUGGCGUUGAUAUUAUUUCAAAAAUACCACCGUAUACUUCUUUGAAAACUACACUAUUCAAUCAACGAAGAAGAGGCCUUAAUGUUUCUAAACUAGCUUUUAAAAGCCCUAUGGAGGUAGAGGUACCGGAGAAAUUUGAAACAUUUGUCUUGGGUGAUUAUUGUGAUAACGAAACUCGCAUAAUAUUAUUUUGCUUUGAUGAAACGAAAGAUUUAUUAAUGACGUGUAAUUCGUUCUACGGAGACGGCACAUUUCACUCUUGCCCACCACCAUUUGUACAGUUAUAUAGUAUACAUGCUGAUGCUAGUUCGAGUUCUACUGCGUUGAACGUGAUCCCAGUCAUUUAUGUAUUGAUGUCAAAUAAAACCGCUGAAAGUUAUGAGAUCAUGCUUAACAUAAUUAAGUCACAGAUUCCAGGGUUCAAUCCUGCUCACUUCAUGACGGAUUAUGAAGCAGCAUCUAUGAAAGCUAUACAAAAUGUAUUUCCACAAGCUAAUAUCAAGGGUUGCUUUUAUCACUUCGCAAGAGCUCUAUGGAGAAAAGCCAAGGAGUACAAAAUCACCAAACAGCAAAGCAGCAAAAGAAUCGUAGCCCUGUCCACAGCAUUACCUUUCCUGCCAUCAAAUUCAGUGAAAGAGGGCUGGGAAUACAUCGAUAAUGAUAUAUUGAACGAACUCUUUGAUUGUCCAGGCUUGGUCAAAUUCAAACAGUACAUGGAGCAACACUGGCUAAAGAGUAAUAACUUUAUAGAAAAAUGGUCCAUCUUUGGGACAAACAUUCGCACCACUAACUGUCUUGAAGGGUGGCACUCCAAAAUUAAUCAGUUGGUCGGUAAAAAAACACCAAAUCUGUUCAAACUUCUGACAAUUUUACAAAGGGACUCAAAAUUAAACGUUAUAAAAAUGAAGGGUGGUUUACAACAAAAAAGGUCAAAGGAAACCAUUUAUCGUGACAAAUUGAUAAAGACCACAAAUAUGAUGCUCACUGACCAUAAAAUUCCUGUUGGAUAUUUUUUAGAACGCUUGGCCUGGAAAGGAUCAUUAUUUAAGUGAAGAUUAUAUAUAAUAUUAUAAGGUUAUGUAUAAUAGCCACGUUCUCCCGUGUCCAAUAACCGUUGAUGGCAUGACUCUAGAAGUUGUUUAACAAUAUGUCUACCUUGGACAGACUCUGCAGCUGGGUAGAAACAACUUCCAAUCAGAGGUCAAUAGAAGAAUACAGUUGGGCUGGGCAGCAUUUGGCAAACUUCGUCAAGUCUUCUCGUCGCCUAUACCACAAAGUCUCAAGACGAAAGUCUUUGAUCAGUGUGUCAUACCGGUUAUGACCUAUGUUCUGGAGUGGAGGCCGCGACUAGGCAAACGUAGUCGCCCUCCGGCUAGAUACUCCGGCUGAAUACGAUUGGAUGCGGAAAGCUAAAGAUCGCAUCCAGUGGCGUGCUUUGGGAGAGGCCU